AUGGCAGUCUUGGCGUUCUUUUUGAUUAUGACACAAGCUUCGUUCAACGACCUUCUGUGCGAGGGCGCUUAUACGCGCCAAAUGGCAGAAAAGCCCCAGACGGGCGCUGCCUUAACGUCCUUUGUCUGGCUAUGCUCCUGCCUGGGAAGCCUACUGGCGGCAGUGUGGGUCGGACCAAUCAUCGAUUAUGUUUCCUUUCGAGUCGUCCUCAUACCUUUUCUCUUCCUCACUACCCAGCAACUCUUUGUCACUGUCUGGCCGUGGCCAUUCAAAAAGUGGAAAGAACAUGGCGGCUUGCUUCGAGAGCAGUAUGUCCCAGUUGGCUCUCGCGUCAUGGGUGAAAAGUUUCGGCAACACAGGAGGCUCUUCAUGUGCGCAAUCGUUUUGAGUUUAUUAGCAGUGGGGUCUGUCGUUGCAGGCCUUUUUAAUGACGACCAGCAGAUUAUCGGCUUCAGUUACGCGCUUUUCGCAGGAAUUUCUAUGGUGGGGAUGCUGUGGUUUACGCUCCCCAUGACGUUGUUCAAGCCGAUACUCUACCUAUUCCUAAGUCGCUUUUUGCUACCGAAUAUCGGGUCUCAGGUGACCUAUUGGCUGCGAAGCGGUCCGGACUGUGUCGAGCGUGGACCGAACUUCAGCUGGACAUUUCUGUUGACCUUGACGUCGAUUCUACAAGCUAUCUUCGGAUUCCUUGGCGUUAUGCUCUUUCAAAGAUUCGUCAGCAAAUGGACUUUUCGCAAGGCCUUCUGGAUUACGUCCCUUCUGACCUGUCUCACUUCAAUUUUCGAUGUUACCAUGAUAUAUCGAUGGAAUAUCGAUUAUCUGGGAAUCCCAGACAAAGUCUGGUAUUUCUGCAGUGCCGCAAUUAUUGAAGAGGUGAUUAGCAUGUGGGCGUUCAUGCCUUCGUGUGUCCUGAUUUCCCGCCUGUGUCCACGACAGGUCGAAAGUACUAUGUACGCCGUCGUCGCUGGCGUCAACAACUUUGGAAGUUCGCUGGCCAAGUAUAUGGGCAACUUCCUUUCGGUGUACCUGUUGGGCAUAAAAACGAUGAACGACGAGCAAAGCAGCUGCAAUUUUGACAACCUUGGCCUUGCUGUCAUCAUAGCAUCUGGAAUUUUCCCCUUGCUGCCUCUGGCGCUGACAUUCUUCCUCGUUCCCAAUGUUGGAAUGGAUGUCCAGUUUGGUGACUCGAGUUUUGAGGAAAAAAACGAAACGUUAGACUACCAAAUUCAGCCAGCAGAGGGAGAACGAACGCAACAGCCUUCCGACGACUCUAAAAACCGGGACACGCUGUCACCUCCACUAAGAUCGACAGCAGAUUGCAAGUCCGAAGGAGCUUCAGGCUCAGCCCAGGACGAACCAUUUGACUUAGACCCACUGAAGGAAAACGAGGAACUUCUUGAGUGUGGCACUCCGCCCCAGCAGCCUCACCUCAGUCGUAUGCAAACAAUGGCCUCUUCGGAAGCAGACCACGUGAACAGCCAACCGGGAACCUUCGCUGCUUCCCUUCGCCAGGCGCCAGUCAUCUAA